AAAACAUUAACGAUAAAAAGUAAAUAGGAUAGGUCACAUAUAGGAAUGGAUCAGGCUUGAUCACUGUAUGACGGAUAACAAAGAAAUAUUUAAUAUAAUUAGAUAAGCAAUUGAUGAAGAAGAAUGGAAUGAUGAGUCGCCAGAAAGAACUAAUUUGGUAGACCAAAUAAAAAUAUUCAAGCAUAUUUAUUCGAUCACGAAUCGGUUGGGACCCUUUUCUACAUUUGAGCACUCGUCAUUACAUAGCCUAUUUAUGUGUGAUAAGCUGCAGCUUCAUUUAUUUUAUGAAGAAUAGUACGGCAACAAAGCAUACCUUAAGAUUCGUUUAGAUUUGGAUUGUAUCGUUACUAUAACUGCUUGUAAAUUUGAGCAAACAUUUUUUGUCCAAAACUCUUCUACUCUCUAUAGAGAUCUUCGGAUAUCCAUCUUGAUGACUGAUAACCUAGUUGGAUACAACAUGUUGCGAUUUGGCAUCUGAAAGGAAAUACAAAUCUUAGAAUAAUGCUCGACCCUGUCUCUCGUUGGACAUCCUACUGUCGUACUCCAAUAUUGUAAACAGUAAACAAUGAUUUAAAUUUAAGCGGUUCCGCUUUUGAAGGUAAAAAAAAAAUGAAACAUAACUGGUGACUCGAAAAAUGAAAAACAAUGUCAGUUGAUAAUAUACUCACACAGCUGCUAUGAGCAUAAUUUAUAUAGAUUCGUGAAUUGAUUUAUACACCCGAUAGCUCACUGAAAGCCAUCAAUUCCACGAAGAUACUGUUGUUAAUUGUCACAAAAUUUUACCCAUUUUUUCCUGUUUCCUUCAGGAUCAUGCCAUUUCUGCCUAAUAAUACCUACUACGCAACUUCUCCAUCGGUCAGCAAGUUGUGUUAGAUUAGUUUAUUCACUGUAUUCUGUCGAAAAAAGUUUUCACCCAGACCUCAAACCACCCAAACCUUAGCUCUAUUCUUCGAUAGUUCCAAGCCUUUUGAAAGACGAAAUUUAAUUGUUGUCGUGAAUUGUGAUCGUUUAAAUGAUUGCUACGUUGUUAAUUGAAAGUGUUUGUUGCGCUAUGAUUAAGCCUCUGUUGUCCUAUGACCAGUAAAGUUGGACCUCGAUUUAUAACCGUUUGAAGCCAAUCUUCACAGCACUAGGGCAAUGGAGGGACAUCUGCAAUGUAAAAUGUUGACCGAACUCAGUAUGGGCUGCGUAUGGUUCGAUGUUUAGCUCUAUAUUUAAUGUGCGCCUCGAUCUUGCAUUUCACUGAUGUCAACUACCGAAAACCUCCUUUUAAUGGAAGCAUUUUCGGCAAGCGAAAUAAUGGCCUUGUGGCGGGGAGAGUCGCCGGUCAGGACGACCGGGGAGUUUGUGAGGUUUUGCUCGACGCAUGCGGGCAGCUCCUACAGAGCGUCAUCGACCAACAAGGAGUAUGAUUGUGUGAAACAAACACGCAGGCACGCCCAGGAACCUUUGACUUACCCAGCGUCUGAUCGUGGCCACAUCACGGUGGUGGUAUCUCUUGAAAAGCUAUUUCUUAAACCCGCCUACUUCCACAUAAGGGGCCUAUAGCAAUGUUUCCUUCAUCAGGAUAUACUGAAAACGUCGUAACGUGUUUCCUUUGCAGAUAUUAUUUAAACGUGGCUCACAUAUGACCAUGCGGAUGCCUUGUUUCGUAGCCGAGAACUGUUACCGAAGGCCGUGCUACUGCGUCUGGCCAAAUCAUGUAUAUAUGAAGUCGUCGGCGACAAUAACAGACACAUCCAGUAUUUUCUAUUAUUCGGUAACAUACAACAAAUGAUGUGUGCUCAGUAUGACGGAAUAACAAAGAUAUGAAUCGGCUUUCGAGCAAAUAUAUCCUAUGAUAGAAUAAAUUAAUUUUCCGCUGUCGCCUACCUGUCUAUGGAAAAAGAAUCAUUAUCACAGUGAGUCUUAAUUACACGUAAUAGGGAUAGCAGGAGAACGGUCUUAAACAAAGUUUCGCCAGUUAGCGCGAUAAAUCACGCAGCGGCUGAUACAGUGAAUUCGCUGUACUUGAGAAUAGAGUACAAAAGGAAAGUCCACGCUAUAGUUAAAUCAUAACAAUAACAAGAUGAAUACUUACGAUUCCGAUACGAUCAGAUGAUUUGUUCCACAGUUCAUAUAUCUGAAAGAUCGAAUAGAAGGCCUGUUAUAGGCAGUAGCCGAAAACCGACCGAACCGAAGACAAAUUCAGGUAAACAGGAUGCAUCAAUUCGACCUGUUCAACCGUGAGCGAUCUUCGCCUGAUCUUCACCACACUGCAUUGACCGCAGUUGUCCUUUUGUGCACAUGUUGCGAUUCCGUUUUUGGCCUCUGAUUAUAUCAGGAGUUUUCAAAUCAGUGCCACAAGUUUGUAAAGAAUACCGCAUCGACGUUACUGUAAGCAGUAUGAAAUAGUACUAAUACUACUUUAGCAGUCACUAUUACCUUAAAGUAUAAA